UUUCCGCAUCAGGCAGUAGUCGAAGGGAGCUGUCACUCUUUUGAACGUUUUCAUCAUGUAAUCGCACACUUUGUUCAUUACAAGUGAUAUGGCUGCUGGGUUUUGUCCAGGACGGUUAUAUGUCUUUCAGAAUCCUCUUGUAGGUGGUGGUUUUUUUCUUUCUAGUAGAGCAGCGGCACUAUUCUCAGCGGAACAAGUGCGGAAGGCGAGCUAAUAGUGAGCUAGCAACCUCGAUGCUCAAGCCUCAAUGUGAGACGACGAACGCGGCCCUCAUAGCUUAACGACCCACCCAGAACACAACAUGCAUCCGCCUCCGAGAAAGGACUUCAUCUCUCUGACACUCACUGAUCCGUACAAUCGUAUGUACACUAAUGGAAAGCACCGUCGACAAUCGUGUUGGCGGAGAUGGAAGCAGCUGUCUCGUCUGCAGCGAAGCCUGGUCCUGUUCCUGUUUGCCUUGUUGCUGAUAUUUGGUCUGCUCUCCUUCCCUGGCUUCAGACAGCAAUGGAAAGGCUUGUCCGAUGCAGAGAGCUGGCUGGGCGACGUGGAGUUAAAGCCACGGUUGAAUUCUGUCAAAUCUGCAGUUCCCAUGGCAGGGCCACACUUGGGGCCGGAUUUGAAUCCAAAUUUAUCAGGCCCCAACGGACCAAACUUCCCUCCGGUUUUAGAGAAAAAGCCCAAUAAGAAAAAGACGUUCCCUUUCAAAAGAGGGCCACCGAAUCUACAGAAAGGAGGAGCUAUUGGUGAAAGGCAAGAGAAAGAGGUUAUACAAGAGGAGCAAGAGGAUGAGGACAAAGAAAAAAAGAUUGUCAGCUGGCGGGGGGCUAUGAUCGAGGCAGAUCAGGCCACUGAGCCUCCACCAUCAGCCGUCGACCGAGAAGCCGCAGCUGCUGGACCUGCCAAUGGUGCUGAGGAUGCUCAUUUGACCACCACUGAUGUCACAGUUCAAAGACUAGAAGAGGUGCGUGCAGCAUUCCGACAUGCAUGGAAAGGCUACAAGGACUCUGCCUGGGGUCAUGAUGAGCUCAAGCCAAUCUCAAAGUCUUUUGGGGAGUGGUUUGGACUGGGCCUGACACUCAUCGAUUCUCUUGACACUAUGUGGAUUCUGGACUUGAAAGAAGAAUUCAAAGAAGCACGGCAGUGGGUCAGUAAUGAGCUGUCUUUUAACAAAAACGUCGAUGUGAAUCUGUUCGAGACCACAAUCCGAGUCCUCGGCGGCCUGCUCAGCACCUACCAUUUAACAAAAGAUGAGCUGUUUCUGGAUAAAGCUAAAGACCUGGGUUCCAGGCUCAUGCCAGCCUUCAAAACCCCUUCCAAGAUCCCAUUCUCCGACGUCAACAUUGGGAAAGGAACAGCCCACCCUCCUCGCUGGACAUCAGACAGCACACUAGCUGAAGUUACAAGCAUCCAAUUGGAGUUUAGGGAGCUGAGUCGUCUAACCAACGAUCGAAUAUACCAGGACGCUGUGAACGAGGUAAUGCGUCUGGUUCACAAGCUGCCGGGAAAACAAGAUGGCCUGGUCCCAAUGUUCAUCAACACCAACAGUGGGCAGUUCACCCACAAGGGUGUUUACACGCUGGGAGCCAGAGCCGACAGCUACUAUGAAUACCUACUCAAGCAGUGGAUCCAGGGAGGAAAAAUGGAAGAUGAACUGCUGGAGGAUUAUCUUCAGGCCAUUGAUGGGGUGAAAAAGCACCUUGUUAAACAGACCGGCCCAAACAAAUGGACCUUUGUGGGAGAGUUGUCCCACAACCGUUUCAAUCCAAAAAUGGACCACCUGGUGUGUUUCCUGCCAGGAACCCUGGCGCUGGGGGUUCACUACGGUCUUCCAGGGGACCACAUGGACCUGGCGAAGGAGCUGAUGCAGACCUGCCACCAGAUGUACAAGCAGAUGGAGACCGGACUCAGCCCGGAGAUCGCUCACUUCAGCUUACAGCCCGGGGAUGCCAAAGACAUUAUUGUCAAGCCUGCCGACAGACACAACCUGCUGAGACCAGAGACGGUGGAGAGUCUCUUCUACAUGUACAGGUUCACAAACGACUCCAAGUACAGAGACUGGGGGUGGGAGAUACUGCAGAACUUCAACAAGUACACUAAGGUGUCUGACGGCGGCUACACGUCCAUCAACAAUGUCUGUGACCGAGUCAACCCCGCACCCAGAGACAAGAUGGAGAGCUUCUUCCUUGGCGAGACGCUCAAGUAUUUCUACCUGCUGUUCUCCGACAAUAUGGACCUGUUCAGCCUGGACAGGUACGUCUUCAACACGGAGGCCCAUCCACUGCCCAUUUGGUCUUCUGCACCAAAGUGAUUCCGUCAGAGAGCGGAUGUGUUGAGACACCCAGCCCAGGAUCCCCCCGCCCCAUGAGUCACCGACUGUGCUGGUUAGUGAACUUGUUCCCAAGCAGCUGUCAAGCCUGGAUUCGUACGAAAUGUCGGCACCUGGCAGUGACUCAUUUCUACAAGGUGUUUAUUUUUUUAUAUUUUCCUAAGGAAAAUGUUUGGAUUUGAGCGGGACUCUGUAACGCUAUGAGUCCUGUACACACCGACUUUUAUACAUGAAAGACCGUUGUAAAUGUUCAGCUGGGAAAUGGACCCACUGUGGUCAGGUUUUGGAGAGUUGAAGGCGCUUGUUUGUCAGUCGUCCCGGGCCAGUGCCUUGCUCACAUUUGAAAGAAGAGAAAAAAAACAAAGUUAAGGUAAAAACAGAUACCUUAUCGACAGAAUAAUAAUGAGCCACAUCCUUUUUUGUAAUAUGAUGGUGUGCGUGAACUCUGUCUGCCGGCGGAGAGCUCUAGAUUUAAUCUGGGCAUUCUUAAUGUGGAAUAAAAGCACCAGAACAACCACGAGGGACCCUUUUAAACAAUGGUGACACCGUUCUUCUUCUUCUGCUUAUAAAAAGGCUGCACAGAGGUGCGUCUCUCGUCACCUCAAUCAAACCCUGUGACCUUGUCACCUGAAGCGGCCUGAGUUCACCCCUGCUUAAGAGGACGCCAAAAGACAAAUUUAGUCCUUUAUUUUAUAAAUGCAGACUACAAUGCUUAUUCUCUCCUUUUGUAUGUGAAGCUGAAACCUAAAAGAAGUUACAAAAACUGUGAAACCCCCAGAAUGCAUUGCACUUGCUACAAAAUCAUUGGUCACAUCUUUAAUAGAAUUUUAACACCUGUGUGUUAAGAAUGUCCUCGUGUAGUUGAUCUGAUCUGAAGCCUGACUUGACACACGAUUCAGGGAUCACACACACACACACACACACACACACACACACACACACACACACACACACACACACACACACACACACACACGAUGAGAAUUACUUGUGAACAUUCCUUCUAUAGGAUGUGAUGUUUACAUGAAUGUCUGUUCCCCCCCCAACAUAAGCACGUUGUUUUUUUUUCAAAGCGUAAAAACAUUUUUCCUAGUUUUUACCAGUAAAAUGUUGGAAGACUGGAUGCGUGGAUCACUAUUUAGAAUUCCUCCAAGUGAAACGGUGUCAGUUCUGGAUGUAAAUACUUGGUCCAAGGCCAUUUUUAUGAUAAUUAUAGGGCUCUGACAGUUUCUGUCUUUUGAGGCGAACACUGGCCAUAAUGUGACGUGUAUAUAGAAUAAUCCGUCACGUACCAAUGUCAUGUCGGACAAGAAGACGGGCCGUUACUGUGCGUUUUUCAUGCUGUUCCUGAAAUGUGUCUGAUAUGCUCAACACCAGGGGGGCAAGGUUCCUUUGUAGCCUUACAAGAACACAGUGCUGCGUCAAUACAAGGACUAACAGGACCACAGUCUUAAUCCAGCCCUGUGCCAUUAACAUUCCUCCAGUUCCCUCAGACCUAGCAACUGUCACACUCAGUUUCAUUUAAAAGGCUCUUGUGGUGGUCAAACCAAGAUGUUUCUUAGUUAGAAGUUGUUUUUUUAGUUUGUGUCCUGGACUCAGAGGAGCCAUCUGUUUGCCUUACUGUGCCUGCUAAAAUCUCUAUUGUGCUAUGGUGGUUUGUUUCUUUCCCUUUCUUUGAAUCGAGGCUGCGUCAGGUUUAAUUGUUCUCCUUGCUCCUCUCCACCAGAUGCUUUGUGCUUUCAUUUGUUUUGUCAUUUGAGUCAGGUCAUUCCUCCCAACCUGCAACAGAAUCAGUUCCACGCCACAAGACUUUAAUUUGCACAGUAUCUGAUUUCUCUCCUUGAGGGUCCUUGUUUCUCUUUACGUUUAAAGUCUGGGAGAGUGUGCGCUGCCAAAGUAGAUUUGGGGGAAAUGAAGAUGUCUGAUAAAUUAUUUUGAUUUCAUGCAAAUAAAUACAUGAAAAUA